AUGGCAGAGCAUCUUGACUAUCAACAACGUAGUCGAGUACCUUCAUCAGCCCGGCCUCAUGAGGGUCUUCCAGGUUCAUUCCCUAGGACAAAUCGGUAUUCGCAUCACAGCGUCGCUCCCAGCACACGAAAUUGGGUGACAAGUACUCAGCAAAACCCUCCUGGCCCCCCUCCUCCACAACCAAUCAAUGUUCCUUCCCCAGUUCACGUCCCUCGACCGCUCCCGAUUCCCCGUGGCCAAGGCCCCCUUCAUGUUGUUAACAACCCAGAACCUAAAAAAAUGGACGACAGUAAACGACCAAUUGGAGAUGCUCAACCUCCUCUUUUCACACAACAGCCAACGACUUUCGAUCCCAGUUUUGGAGCUCUACGGCCUCGCAAAAGGAAAACUUUCGUUGGCGGAUUCGUUAGGAGGAUUCGAAAACUUCCAAAAACUGUUUUUGGAUAUGGUGCAGGAUCAGGCAAACCUGACUUGGGGAACACUGGGCCUCAUGCUACCUCAGACACAGGUACUGUAAGCAGCAUCACUGGAAUGAGCACUGGGAAUACUCUUCCCCUCUAUACUUCAAAUCCUACAACUCCUGUAGUUCCAGGCCAAGUACCUUCUAACUUGACUGGGUACCGCAGACCUCAGCCUCACAUGAUGACAUCGGAACCGACCAUUCCAGAGUCACCUCUUCCGUCCGUUGUUCGUCUAGAUGAUAACAGACGUCCCAAUCCAACUUUCAGAAUUUCGCCACCCUCUGCAGAAGUUGAGCCUCCCCAAAAUGCGCGACUUUUUGCAGCAGAUGGCGAACCUUUCCUCGAUCAUUCUGUGAGUGAUGGUCCUCCCACCAACUCUGCUGACAGAACGACGUUUCUGGUGUACAAUGAGCCAGAGACACAAUACCACUCCAGAAAUUCGCAUGCGCCUGGUCUUACUCCUCCACCAGUCGCGCGACAAAUCAGCAGUCCGGGACUUUCGUAUGUCAGUUCUGAGCCUUUGGCACCAAUCAGACCGACGUCAUUUCAUAGCACGCAUGCUCAUGUCCCUCCAGCCAUCGAGACACAUCAGACAACUUCAACCUCGGCGCCUGCGCCUGCGCCUCGCACAUCCUAUUCAUCUCAAGCCCCUACUCCUCGUGUUACUCCUCCGUCUCUAAUACCAGGUGCAGUCAACUCCUCGUCGGGCAAUGUUGUCCAAGACCAUUUGUUGGAUCUCCAGCCAAAAAGUCAGCCAAUUGAACCCACUCAGGUGACAGCUGAGGCUAUUCAGUCCCCAGUUAGCGUUCAUCCAAACCCAGCUGCGGAUUAUCUCAAAAUGUCGUUGUCCCCCGAACCUACCUCGAAUGGCACAUUGACUUCGGGCACCUCCUACUACGAUCCCUCUUUCUCAUCGGACUUGAACCCUGUCGAGAGGUUUUUCAAGGGUCUUUACAACAUGCCUUGGAUUUCGCAUAACCGCGUCACUGUUGAUUAUUUUCCUGGGGAAGGAUUAGGCAAGAUGAAGAAGAAGAAAUUUAGACCGGCCACAUCGUGGUACCAAUCCAUCUUAUCGAGGUCUAGACGAAGUAGCGCUUCUCUCGACCUGUUGAGUAGCGGGAUGAACAGUGAGGCGUCGCCACGGCAUAGCUUAGCGACGGGUGUGGCGCUUGCUCUGGGCUCACCGCUUUCUGGUUCUCGGCGCAGCAAGACGGCGUCUGACAGAAAUCGGAGCACUCACAGGUCCCGUCAUCAGUCAUCUUCUGGUCGACGCGACCGCCGCCACCAUCGGCACCACCAUACCAACAACGGCGAGAAAAAACGUCGCCACACUGCUACCACCAUGGACAGUACAGACACCGGCGUGAAUCCGAAGUACGCUGGGAUCAAAGGAACAAGUCCACUGAUCCCGUCUGCGUAUCCGUUCCAAUAUCCGCCAUAUCCGUAUCCAGCUUUCCCUACAUUCCCAAUGCCGUUGACUUUGCCAGCUUCAGCUCCUGGUGUCCUUUCUGGACAUGAUCCGAAUCAGCCUCCGCAAAUGGCAUUGCGCCCCGAAGACAGGCCUACUGUUCCACGUGGACCACGUGUUGAACAGCAACCUUUAUUGUAUGCACCGGCUGGGUACGCGUUGAAUUCGUACCAACCUGUGAUGCCGCCUCCUCAGUUCUAUGUUUUAUCAUCUCCACCUCAAGCCAACGCGUCUAAUCUGUUUCAUAACGCUGCCACGGUUUCGAAUAACAACGGAAAUUCCAGCGCUGGCGCUACUGCCUUAGCGUCCCAGGAACCCCAACAAACCUCCACCCACACCGGAGUGAUGUUCAUGCAGACUAUACCUGGGUCGUUCAGUUAA